UUGGUAUAAAAGCUCCCCCUCUCACUAUGUGUUUCUAAAUCUUUUGUGUGUGUGUGUUUUUUUUAAAAAAGGGGUGAAAGGGAACUAGGUUUGUAUUCUAAAGACAAGCCGAAAGUGUUUUUGAAACUUUAAGGUGCAGAGGACUGAUAACACCUCAGGAUGGAUCAGCUGCCAGUGGUGACCUUAGCUGUAUUGGCAACCUGCUUUCUAGGAAGUGUGGAUUCCUCAGCUUAUGACAAAAUAGUCACCCACAGCCGCAUACGAGCCAGGAAUGAAGGGCCCAAUGUUUGUGCUCUGCAGCAAGUUGAGGGAACAAAGAAAAAGUACUUCAGUACAUGUAGGAACUGGUACAGAAAAUCCAUCUGCGGCAAGAAGGCUUUGGUCCUGUAUGAAUGUUGCCCUGGGUACAUGAAGCUGGAUGGGAUGAGAGGAUGCCCGGCUGUGGCUCCAAUUGACAAUGUGUAUAACACUUUGGAGAUUGUAAGGGCCAUGACCACGAAGUCUUACUAUGAUGAGUCAAACCUAAGAGAGCAGAUUGAGGGCCCCGGUGCCUUCACUGUGUUUGCACCCAGCGAUGAUGCAUGGGAAGAACUGGAUCCCGCUGUUCGGGCUGCGUUAAAGAGCAAUGUCAACAUUGAGCUUAAAAAUGCGCUUCACUAUCACAUGGUGAAUCACCGCCUGCUGACCAAAGACAUGAAGAAUGGAAUCAAUGUCACUUCAAUGUACAAUAACCAGGGAAUCUACAUAAACCACUAUCCUAAUGGGGUUGUUACCGUGAACUGUGCCAGGAUUAUCCAUGGUAACCAGAUUGCAACUAAUGGCGUGGUGCAUGUCAUAGACCGCGUGAUCACCUCUGUUGCUGGCACCAUCAAUGAGUAUCUGAAUAAUGAUGAGGACUACUCUUCUUUUCUUAAUGCUGCAUAUAUUGCUGGCGUUAUGGAAGAGUUGAACCUACCUGGACACUUCACUUUGUUCCUCCCAACGAAUGCAGCUUUUGAAAAGCUGACGCCAGGCUUCAUGGAGAGUAUCUUUGAAAAUGAGCCAGUUAUUAAAGCACUGGUGACCUAUCACUUGUUGAACAGCGUCCAGUGUGCAGAAGCAAUCAUGGCAGGAUCGGUAUAUGAGACUAAAGAGGGCAGCACCAUAGAAAUUGGCUGUGAUGGUGAGAGUCUGACUGUAAACGGCAUCAAGAUGGUGCUGAAGAAGGACAUUGUAACCUCCAAUGGAGUCAUUCACAUCAUUGACCAGGUGCUCAUCCCUGAUUCAGCCAAGGAGGUGAGAGAGCUGAUUGGAACAUCUCAGAGCAUGUUCGGUGAUUUGGUGUCUGAAAUGGGAUUAACUACCAACCUGGAUUUGAAUACAGAAUACACAGUCUUGGCUACCAAAGAUAAUGCCUUCACAGAUGAGGUGAUGGCUGAUGACACCUAUCUAAGGCUUAUUUUGGAAAACCACUUGUUGAAGCUAAAAGUCCCACUGAGUGGGCUUUACAACGGACAGCAGCUGGAAACAGUUUCUGGCAAACUGCUGAGAGUCUUCAUAUAUCGAACUGCUGUGUGCAUUGAAAGUGCAUGUAUGUUGCAAGGCAGUAAAACAGGAAUCAACUGGGCUCUUCAUGUCAUGAGCUCACUGAUCAAACCGGCUGACAAAACGAUCUUCGAACUCCUGGAAGCCGAUGGAAAAUUCAAGACUUUCUUAUCACUGAUGGAAACAGCAGGUCUACUAGAUAUGCUAAAAGGGAAAGGCUCCUACACCAUAUUUGCACCGAGUGAUGAAGCAUUUAAAGACCUCAGUAAAGAUGACUUAGAUUUGCUAAGAAGUGAUCUGAACGCUUUGAGAACCAUUCUUCUGUACCACUUCAGUGACGGCAUCUUCAUCAAUGGAGGACUGGAGAGAAGAGUGACCAAUCUACUGAGAAGCAUGCAGGGCAUAAAUCUCUAUGUUAAACAUGAAAACAAUUCUAUCUAUGUCAACUCAGUGGAGGUGCCCAACAGUGAUCUGAUGGCCACAAAUGGUGUGAUCCAUGUGGUAAAAAAUGUUCUCUAUCCAAAAGAUCUUCCUGUGGGUCGCCAGGACCUACUGCUGGUUCUGCAAAGGCUAAUUAAGUAUCUUGAAAUAAAGUUUCUUUCUGGAUAUACUUAUGCUGAGAUACCACUCUCCUUCUUCACCAAAUUCAGCACAUCUACUCGUUAUAUUGAAGUACCAGAAAGAGGAACAAUUACUAUUACAGAAAUCGAAACCAAGCCAUCCACCAAACAAGUGACAAGAGUGAUAAAAACAGAAACACCUGUUUCAAAAAAGGUUGUUGUUGAAGGAAGUAAGACCACAAAAUUUACAAGGGUCAUUGGCCGACAGCCUUCCGUCAGCAAGGUUACAAGAAUUAUUGGAGGUGGAGAAGAUAGAACAAAUAAAAGAAAGACAGAAACAGGCGAAAUAACUAUCACCACAAUGACAGAGCCUCAGAUCAUUUCAGUCCCAGAUUUGUCUAACAUAAAAAGAAUCGGUGAAAAUCCAGCUCUGCUGAAGGAGGAAUCUGACAAAAUCACCAAGCUCAUUCAAGGUGGACGAGGAUUUGCUGCAGCAAGGAGGGCACCAGCUGGAAUAAAGAGAAGAGCAAGGCCGGUCAAGCGCCAUAACAAACCAAAGGAGUGAU